AUGUUAAGAACAUCAUAUCACUGGGCAUACAUCCAAAACUUGGCAACCCAGCAAUAUAGCCCUAAAAUGAGAAAAACGGAGAACUUUAUGUCGUACUCGUCCAAAAACUGUCAAGCUUUUGCAGGUUUGUUAAGAAAAACCAUUUAUGACACCUACGUCGAAUUAAAUCAGUUCACUUCUCCUUAUGAUGCUCUUUGGAUUGUGCUUGUGCAAGUCUCGGCUGUGUUUCUAUGUUAUCACAGUAGUAAAUUUGCGUGCAAGGUUAUGAUGCAACGCCUAGGAUUCGCUCUACCAAUGGCACUGGCUGUUCCGACUACGGUGCUCGUAUUGUCCACCACAUGUACUUUCCGCUCGGUGGACUCUUGUUAUAUGACGAAUGCUCUCACGAAGAGGCCAUAUUUUUCAUAG